AGCAUGGCGCGUUUUUUCCCUAGUAUAAAUUGAGGUAGCUGCCAAUCCGUAAAAAAAGCGAGAAGAAAAAGAGAGAAACAAGCUCUCUUAGUCUGUAUACCCAAUCGCCUUUGCUGGCAUCGUUAAUUGUCCGACAACUAUGAAGCUCCCCAAGAUCUUCACUGCCUUAGGGCUUCUUCUCACCCCUGUCCUCUGCGACAACACGCUGAACAUUGUCGCGCAUCCAGACGAUGACCUCCUCUUUCUGAACCCCGAUAUCCUGCACGAUAUCAGCAACGGUUACACCUUGCGAACGGUAUACCUAACAUCCGGAGAUGCUGGUCUGGACUGGACAUACUGGACCAGUCGACAGGCAGGAGUCCUGGCAGCAUACGCACAAAUGGCCGGCGUCCAGAGCGUCUGGGAUGAAGGCAGUAUUGAAUACGAAGAGAACUAUGUGGCACUCUACACGCUCCACGACAAACCAGAAGUCUCGCUAGCGUUCCUGCAUCUUCCGGACGGAAGCAUCGACGGAAAUGGGUUCGAUCGGACAGACCACGAGAGCUUGGAGAAGCUAUGGAAGAAUGAAAUUGAUCGAAUCUACGCCAUUGAUGAGUCCGGAACCACGUACACGAGAGACGAGCUGAUCGACACGCUUCGCUUCAUUAUUAACGAGUUCCACCCGGACAGCGUGAACUCGUUGGAUUACCUGCAUGACUUUGGGACUGGAGACCACAGCGAUCACACCUCCACUGGGCUGUUCACGAAUGAAGCGGCCAUUGCGGCGACGGAAUAUCCUGGCACUGUCAUCGCCUAUGAAGGGUAUCCGAUUAAGAACGAAGCGCCUAACGUUGAUGGGGAGGACCUGGAGAGGAAGAAGGCUGCGUUCUAUACGUAUGCGGGCUAUGACCCUGAUGUUUGUGUCAGUGAUCAGGAUUGCAGUGGAACGGAAUACGAAGCUUGGUUGCCGAGAUUGUACACUGCGAACUAGGCGCAACAAGCUGGCUUCCAUCGCCUGAAGAAAGCCUGAGACCACGGGAUGAGAGGUGGGCAGCAUGCUGCCACGGGGAAUACGUACUGAGUGCUUACAUAUCACUUCAACAUGAUACAUUAAUUAUAUAUCGAAGUGCCCUGCAUACAUGUUAAAAUGGCAAUUUCGAUAGCAUCCGAUUGCCUAGGUUGAGUUCACAAGCAAUGGCGGGGUAGGAUAUAGCGUAGGGCUACAGUGGAGCUGUGGACAUCUAACCUCCCGCGGGCUGAAGAAUUUUUCGUCAUCGAUUUUAGUACGCUUGUGAUGUUUGAUAGAUGGGCUAACUCGAUUGCGGAGGAUAACCGGUGACAGUAUCGUAGUCCAUUCGUAUAAUUGCAGUGCACUUGAAAUGACGCGCGUGGAGAGCGUGCGCAUCGUGCGGUCCUGCCACGCUCGCUGUGUGACAUGCCUAGCCACAUGGACAAUUCACCGGGAUUACCCCCCUCCCCCCCCCAUC